GCCCCGCCCCCUAUUCCUCUCCCCCUCCGCCCAUUCGCUCCGGCUUCUGUGACGUCGGGAUGUUCUAAAAAAGAGCCAAGAAAACAAUCGGCAUUGAGAAAAACAGCUCCACUCGGAGCCUGUUCGGGAGGCGAGGAGUCCGAGAAAGAAACCACGGCGAGGGUGGGACUGAGUGAGUGACCGCGGGUGGAGGGAAGCCGCUUCUGCCAAGAUGGUGUCGCCGGUGACCGUGGUGAAAAGUGAAGGCCCCAAACUGGUGCCCUUUUUCAAAGCCACCUGCGUCUACUUUGUCCUCUGGUUGCCAACCUCCAGCCCUUCCUGGUUCAGUGCCCUUAUCAAAUGUCUGCCUAUCUUCUGCUUAUGGGUUUUUCUGCUGGCUCAUGGGAUCAAUUUCCUGGUGGCCCACCGCAGCGCCUGCAGAAUCUUUGCUGGCUUGAUAUUCUCGGCAAUAGGAGAUGCGUUCCUCAUCUGGCAAGAACAAGGCUACUUUGUUCACGGUUUGUUGAUGUUUGCCAUCACACACAUCCUGUAUUCCUCAGCUUUUGGGAUGAAGCCUUUAGAUCUGAAAUCGGGCCUGGUGAUAGCCCUCAUGUCCAGCUUCAGCUACACCUUCCUGUAUAGCUACCUUUCGGGCCCCUUCACCUACUUGGUGGCCGUCUAUGUUGCCUUGAUUGGCUUCAUGGGCUGGCGGGCCAUGGCUGGAGUGCAGCUGUGCAAUGAUCUGUGGACAUGGACCAAGCUCUCGGCCUGCAUUGGUUCAGUCCUCUUCAUGGUGUCGGAUCUGACCAUCGCUCUCAACAAGUUCUGCUUCCCCGUGCCCUACUCGCGGGUCAUCAUCAUGGCCACUUACUAUGCAGCUCAGAUGCUUAUUGCUCUUUCUGCUGUAGAGAGCCGGGACGAGGAGGUCUUCAAGAAGCAGAAGUAGAUGGUGUUGUCUGUACGUCAGUCACAAACUCACAGACUCAGCUGAGGGGCACUGCAGCUGGGUCUAUCCAUUUCUGAGGACAAUUCUGACUGUUUAGGUGAAUCAGUGAUCACAGACCUUUGCUUCCUCAAAGUGUUUCCUUUAGCGUUUAGCUGGUCCUCCUCCAGCCAGGUCUGCUGGAGUGUGGGCCCCACACUGGAUGUUUAGAUUGUUUCUGCAGAACUCUACUGUCUGACUUUCUCUGAAUCCCCACCCCUGACCUGUGAAGUUUGUGAGAGGCCUCUCAAAUAAUACAUGGGAUUUGUCUGAUACUGAAGCUGGUGCUGAACAUUCCCGAAGCAGAAGGCUCUUCUCACAACUGUGUUUUUAAAAAGAAGGAAGGAAGGAAGUGGACAGAGGGAGAAUAGACAUUAUAUUGGGAUUAAGAGCCUUACCUUCAACAGUGAAUGUACAAGUCGUGAAAAGGAGCCUCGGUGCUGCUUGACCAAGCCCCUGUUCUUGUGCACAUCGUAGUACAACUGUGAAAUUCUUGUGUUUCUACACAGGGGACCCCCAGGACUUGAAAAACAUGAUAGGACAUAGGGGAGUUUGUAUGGGUAUUACAGCUUGUGCUAUCCCCAGGAGAAAUCAGUCUAAAUUCCAGAUUCAUACAACCACUUAUUUAUAGGCCAAUGAAAGCCUUUCUUCUGAAUGUGAAUUCUGUGGAGCCUCUGGCGUUCUGCAGGCUUAAAAGCAACAGCAAAAUGCAACAAUAUUCUCAGGCAUGGGGUGGGCUGGGGAGAUAAGAAAAGGGUUCUUUUUAUUCUUUUCUUCUUUAAAAAGCAGGUCAUGCUAUGCCAUUGAUCGGCUUUCUUUAGCAGAUGACUUCCACCAUGCGUAUUCUCUCUUUCCAGCACCCAAACAUGGAACUGAGGAACAGUUUAAAUAUUCUCGAAUGUCUCUAUUUCUAGAUGCUUUGUAAUUGACCAGGUGGCCUGAAAAAAAGCCACCUGCUUGUCAGAUCUGCUGCCAUUGCUGUAGGAGGAUCUGGGAAGAACUGGGAGUUAACAUCUCUUCUCUACCCCACCCAUCUCCAAAAUCCCAAACAAGGCCAGUGGGUGGAAAAAGGACACAACAGCAACGAUUGCUUUGUAGUAUUCUGGUCACUGUGAACAAAGGCUGUGUUAUGGAUCACUAACAAGUAUUAACAAGUUGUCGCUUCUGUUAUGAGCUGGAUGGACUAUCAGGGAACAAUAUUUAUUCAAAGUGGAGCCAAUGAGCUUUCAUGUAUUUCUGCAUGUGGCAAGUAUAUGUACCGGUUUUUAUGGACACAUGCACAUCAACGUUAAGUUCACUUCCCCAUCCUUUUCAACUUGAACUAUAGAGUUGGCAGGUGCCUUCAGGCCUACAGCUGCAAUACAGGUCAUACUUGCAAGUACAGCAGCCCUUCCGCCAAAGUGCUGGGAGGGUCAGUCAAUGCACCUCUUUCCCAAACGCAUUCAUCAAAUUUCACAGGGUAGCACUGAGGAUCAGUCUGAGAGAGGGUUGUGAUUUGUGGAAGCUGCAUACUUUUCUGUGUGUCUAGGAUGACAAAUCAGGUCUCAACUGACCUGACAUGGCCUGAUCUGCAGCAGUCUGUGUGGAGACCCUGUGUGCAUCCCCUUAUGGUCACUCAUGAGAUUUGGGGGUGGGGGAGGGCAGAGGGAGAGUGUACUUCUUAUUAACCAUAAUGUUUUUGAUUUAAUGGACUUCUCUUAACAAUCUAGCAUACAAAGGAUGCUGAAGCAUUUGUUUCUUUUUUAAUCUGAAUAGGCAUUAUAUGUGUCUUACAUUUAGAUUUCAUCCCUCCUGUGUUCUGCUUGCACUGUGCAGAGAGAUAGCUUUUCUUAAGUUUUGGUUAUCUGUCAAAGCUCAGACACACAUACACACACACCUUUUUAAAAAAGAAGGUAAUUCUUAGGGCUGUUUCUAAAGCAGUUCUUGACAUAAUUCUAACUUCCUGCACCCUACAAAAUAUUCUUAGAUAAAGUUGCAUAUGGCCACGUCCUAGUAUUAGAAAUGCCCUACAACUCUGGUCUUCAAGAUCUAGCUAUGGGGCAUUGCUUGGUAGAGUCCAGAUGGAUUUACAUUUGCAUAAGUUGUGUCCAACUCCAUGAAGUGAUAUCUUCCUGUUCAGUUAUAAAUAUGGAAUGUGCUUCAGUAUUGAGGUCCUAUUUAUUCUACCCAGUUAUGUUGUUCUUGUACCACUUCCACUGCCAUAGUGUUUCCCUAGUAUAUUUUUGAAUGUUUGAGUUGAUUAAUAUGCUGAGACUUUUCCAUGAUUUGAUCUCUAGCUUGAUCCAUUGCCAGGUGUUAAGGACCCCAGUAUAUCUUGAGCAUAGCAUUUAAUCUCUGGUAUGAGUAUAGCCAGAAUAAUUCUAAAUUAAACCAUUCUGAAAGCCCAGGGAUUGAAAAUAGAUUACAGCAAUAUACGCAUGCACUUAAGGUCAAAAUUAGAGCUGCUGUAGAUUACAAUUCCCUAUUGUAAGGGCUAGGACUCAUGGUGUUCACAAGAUACUGUUGAAUUGCAAGUCACAUCAGCUCUAGCCAGCAGGCCAAUGGUGGCGAAUGUUAGGAAUUUCAGCUCAACCUUAUCUGGAAGAGUCCUCCUCUUGCUCCAUGGAUUCUAGAGUGUUGGAAUCUGGACAAUGAAAACCUUACAGACUUUCUACUAGAGGUCAGGCAGAAACCUGUUUCGAUUUUAGACUAGGAGUGCCAGUAAGGACCGCAAUGGUAUUUCAGUCUAGACUUGUUUCUCUCUAUCUCUCUUUGGAUCUGAUGUUGAAAGUAUUGAGCCCAUCAACUGCAGAAAGACUGUCCAGGAAAGCUGUGAAAAAAUAUGAUUGAGGGAAGUUUGUGCCUACCAUUUGAUCUGUCAGGUUGUAAUAGAUUCCUUUGCAUUCUGUUCCAUUACUUGUUACACACACGUAGACUUAGAUCCCCUGAUGCUUACCACCCUAUGUAAUUGAAUCUGAUUGGGAUUAUUUUCUUAUCCAGAACCCCAUAUGAAGAAUCAACCGCAACAGUUUACCAUUUCUGCUGAGGUAUAUUUGGCAGUGAAUUUAGGAUUUAUUCAAAGACAUACCCAUGUUAAUCUGUUUUAGUAGGAGAUGUAAAGGAAUCCCUUCAGACUCAGCAGGGAAGAAGACAUUUUCUAGCAUUACAACGUUUUUGUGGAUAAGACCCUGGUUCACCAGGUGCAACACCCUUAGAGUGCUAGAAUCGAGGACUGAGUUGGUUACACUUUGUGUUAUGUGUUAUAUGGAUGCAAUUCAACUUGUCGAAGAACUUUUUGGGAGCUUAUUGGGGGAGAAGUCAUCAUGCCAAGGCUCCCCUAAAUCUUAUAAAGUUUAAAGGGAAGGCUUCUUUUAAAAAAAAUCCUGAUCAAGCUACCUUGAGUCUCUAUAUCGGGAGAAUGGCAUAAUAAAAAUAUCUCUAUAUAAAAGUCA